CGAAUUCUGCCUUCAUAUUAUUUUCCUCAUUACAAUUCGCUCCUCCUCGGACUGGAAGAAAACUCUCAUACACUUCCCCUCUCUACUUAUCGGCCGAUCUCUUUCUCAUAUUUUCUCACCGAUUUUCGCUCCCGCCAAACGAACCCCAAUCUCUCCCUCCGCAACUCUGAAAUCUCUUGAUCGCUGUAGAUUCCUUCUCUCCGUUCACCGAUCUCUUUCGCACUACGUGACUGCGGCAGCUGGUGGGCCAGUUCAUAGUUGGCUUUCUGCAUGUAUAAAUGUCAAUUGCAAUACUCAAAGCCCCAAACGCUACUGAUGUGAUGAGGUCAGAGGAGGGAAAUGAUUCCCUAGACACUUUUAUCAGACAAGCGGUUGGAAAGGAACCUUUUCUUUCUUUCUCAAGGGCUGGAGACAGCCCGGUCCAGUUGAUCCAAUUACUCCAUGCCAUAGAUCAGCAAGAGUUACCUGGUUGGCCUUUGCUUGCCCCUUUGAAGAUUCAGAUGCAGAAGUGUGACAAGUGCUCUCGAGAAUUUUGUUCACCAAUUAACUAUAGGAGACAUAUACGUGUGCAUCAUCGGUUGAAAAAGCUUGAUAAGGAUUCUGCCAAAAAUAGGGAUCUAUUGAGAGCAUUUUGGGAUAAGCUUUCUUUGGAUGAGGCAAAGGAAAUUGUAUCUUUUAAGAAUGUGGCAUUGGAGGAAGUUCCUGGGUCAUUUAUUAUUAAAUCGUUGACGACACUGAUAAAGAAACCGGGAUUCUCUUCUCUGCCACAAGUUUGUUUGAGGGCCGGAACUGCUCUUUUGGAUAUUAUCCAAGCUAGACCUUCCAGGUUUCCUUUGACUUCACAGGAGCUAUUCAGUAUACUUGAUGAUGCCAGUGAAAAUACUUUUUUAUGCGGGACUGCUGUAUUAAUGCAAAGAUAUAUUUUUGAUGGAGAAGCUGGAAACAUUGCUCUUGAACCAAAGAACUUAGUUGCUUGCACCAGCUUUUUGGUGGAGCAGAAAUUGGUAAGGGCGUGGCUUGCUGACAAGGAUGCUGAAGCUUUAAGGUGCCAGAAAUUACUUGUGGAGGAGGAAGAAGCGGCUCAAAGAAGGCAAGCUGAGAUUUUGGAAAGGAAAAGGCAGAAAAAGCUUAGGCAGAAGGAACAGAAAGCAAAGGAGCAAAGACUAGAGGAGAAUGGGGAUGAGGAGAGUAUUGACAAUACGCAUAAGGCCGAGCCUCAAGCAGAAACAUGCAGUUCUUUGGCUGCAUCUGAUUCUGAUACUCAGAACCCAGAUUCAGUGCCAUAUAACAUUCCUUCCUCUCCUGAACCUUCCACAAAUACAACCACAUAUGAAGAUAUCGAGCAUGAGACGGUUGGAUAUGAUAUCUUAGUUACUGGUCAGAAUGUUGAAAGAAGGAUGAGGCAAGGUAGUGGUCCUAGACAUAUGGUAUUUUCUCGUUGGCUGGUCCCACAAAAAUCUCAAAGGGGUCAUGUGCCCUGUGGUUUCCAUGUGAGUCAGAACUCUCAUACGCAAAAGCCUGGGGCCAUGCAGAAGCAUGGAACUCAAAGGGAUUCAAGGGCUGCUCCAAUUUUCUGUCGCAAUAAAGUUUGGAGCCGAAAGCCUAAACGAGAAAAUGAAGGUGAAACUUUGAAUAGAGUACAAAAAGAAGUGACAAAUAUGUCAGACCAGAAUAGAAACCAUGAAGUGUUGAUUGGCUCCAUAUCAGUCACCCUUGGAAAUUGUAGCCAUAACGAGGAUAAUAGUGCAGUUGAAGUUUUAGAUUGCCUUAGAGAUGAUCAAAUGCAAAAGAAGAGCAAUGUUCAAGAGAUGCCAGCUAAACCUGAAUCUGCUCAAGGUAGUACAAAUAGGUCAGCGGUGAAGCUUUGGAGGCCUGUCAGCCGAAAUGGAACUAAAUGUGCCAUUCUAGUAGAAAAUCAUGGAAGAGAAUCCGAAGCAGAUACCCUUGCUGAAAAGGUUGAGACUCAGUCAUUGUCUACUGUGGACUGUCUAAGAUCAAGUGUCAUGGAUGACGGUAUUGCUGAAAUAGGGAGCGGUUCUGCCCCACAAGGGGGAGGUUUGUUUUCAGGAAGCUUGCAGUUCUCAAGUCAGGAUGCAAAAGAUUUUCUUGCAAAGAGGUGGAAAGAGGUUAUCGCUGCUGAGCAUGUGAAAUUGGUACUACAUCCUGAUUUUGGGCCUUCAGGAUGUACCGAGGUUCAACAUCAGUGUGAGGUACCAGUGUCCCAAUCAUCAGAUCUUCACAGACACAGUGUUCUUGGCAAUAUAGAGAGCGGUUUUGUUAAUGGCGGGGCUCUUGAUUCUUCUGGUGGAGAGCCUACAAAAAUCAAAUCCAGAACAAAGCUUGGAAAGGGUCCGAAGAUAAAGUAUAUUCCAAAACAGAGAAUUAUCGCCAAAUAAGAACGCAAUAAAGAUGGAUUGAUUUGAUUAUACAAUGUGCACAGUUUGACGGUCUUAUAUUCUCAGCAGAGGUUCCAGUUUUACCCCGUGGGUCUUCUGUCAGAAAUUUGAAGAAAAGUUUUGCCAGAUUUUUUUCCUCUCAAAAUUCUGCCCUUUGUAAUUGUGUCAUAGAAGAUUGAUCAUUGAAGUUUUUUUUUUUUUUUUUUGGCUUAUUUUUCUUAAUUUUAUGUAGUAGAAUUGGUUUUUCAGAUUUUCCCAUAGUCUCUUUUUAUGUUAUUCAUUUUCAUUGGUAGAUUCAUGUAAUGCCAAGCUUUCAUCCAAGCUUGUUAGGCCAUGACUACGAGAGAAUCCUAGUACAGUCCAGAAUCCUGGUACAGUUUGCUGCCUAGCAAGUCUUUUUUUGGGGCUGUUUUUAUGUAUAAGUUGCUCAGGUGAUGAAAUAUCGAUCUUGGGUUUUCUUUC